UCGCCCCCGUACGUGCUCUCGGCUCCGACCUCUCCACACCUCUCACACCACUGGUGCCAUAUUUUUACCCCGGCUUCCCUAACGUUCAGAGACCGAGUGGUGUGAAAACUAUUGGUAAAAAUGUGGUUAACGCGAAUCAGCUGAUUGAUCGGUGUGAACAUUGUUGGAACAGCUGUUGUGAUCUGAGAGACUAUGUCAGCCUCACGCACUCACUCUUAAACACACUCCCCUACCCUCUGGUCUCGUACAUUUAUCCCCUCCACGAGCUAUCACACACGUUUUGUGAUGGUGGUUUAGAAAAUUUGCUGGUGUUUGUGUUGUGUGGAGUGCGUAUAUCGUCAUUUGAAGUGUAGCGUGUGCGUGACCCGAGUGUAAGCGUCGCUCCAGCACUCCUGGCCUUGUUUACUUGCGACGUAGUUCAACAACAAAGAUACUGCAGGAUGGAGAGUGAAAUAUAGUGGCUAUGUUCCGACUAGGGUUAGAAACUUUCUCCAAGAUGCCGUGGUACUUCCCGUGGUCGGAUGCCAUCAAGAAGAGGGCGAUUAGAUACCUCCUUCAGCGAUAUGUUGGACAAUUUCUGGAGGAGAAGCUCAGUCUGGAUCAGCUGACCGUCGACUUGUACAAUGGAACUGGAACUAUAAAGGAAUUAACAUUAGAUAUGGGUGCAUUAAAUGAAGUAGCUGACCAGCUCAAUCUUCCUCUCAGGUUCGUGGAUGGGUACAUUGGUGAGAUUUGUGUUUCCAUCCCAUGGCAUGCCUUGCUCUCUGAAAGUUGCUUUGUUGAAGUUUCAGGGCUGAUGGUGACUAUAGAACCAAAACAAAUGUCCGAGGACAUAUCUAUGGUGGACUCGAUGAUCGAGUCAAUGAACAUGACAACUUCCAUGCAAAUAGCUCAGGAGUGCCUUAAUCACCAUGAAGAAGAGAGUGAGAUGGAAGGUAUUACAGAUAAAGAUGCUAGUCAGAUAAUUGAGGGCAUUGAACAUUUUGCUCAGGCAAUAGAUACUGUACUUAAUAGAAUUAAGGUUAGAUUUCUUGACACAAUUAUCAGAUUAGAGCAUACUCCAAAAGGAAGUCAGUCUGGCGUUUCUUUAGAAGUAAGAAUUAGCAAGAUAGAUUACUUUGAUGAAGCUGGACUAGGGAAAACUACUCCAACUGAAACAGGUAAACCAGGAUAUGAACAACAAGCAUUUGCAUCGAAGAAGUUUCAUAUUGAAGGUUUAACUCUGUACACAGAUGAGUUCCCUGCAAAGUCUAAAGCAAAGUCGGCAAUAAAUCCUUCAUCGGAAUCAAAUUCAUCUCCAGAGUCAGGUUCUAAAGUCUCGGGCUCUGGAUCUGGUGAUUCUUUUAAGACUGCAGAAACAUCUCCUGCUGAAGAUAAAAAAUUUGAAUACAAUCAUGAGAAAACAGUUCGUAAGUUGAUCACCAAUUCUAGCAUUCCUAUGGAACCAAUUCUGUUUGCAAGAUUUACUGGGUCACAAGAAAUUAGCUUAAAAUUAAAACAAGCAGAUGUCAUGGGACCUAAAGUAGAUCUAAGAAUGGUCUGUGGAUCACUUAUCAUGUUUCUAUCUCCGAGGCAGAUUCAUUUACUCCUAGAGCUCUCAGAAGGUGUGGCAUCUCCAGACAAGUUGGAAUUGGAACCCAGUGUGCCUAGGAUGGUAGGGGGAAAGCAGAAACCUAUGGAUCCAAAUGAUUUCAGGAAAGUUGAAAAUGAGCUUCUCAGAGAGUUGAGAACACCACCUGUGUCCAGUCAUGCGCUGAAUCAACAUCAGGGUUGGUCAAAUGCUCCUCUAGAGGACAGUGAUGAUGAAUUUGUCCCCAUGGGUAGUGGCAGUGGAGGACUUGCGAAAAAUAUGUCGAGUAGUCAGCUGUCGGGUUGCUCGGAUAUGGAUAGCUCAUUCAGUUCGAACAUGUCUUGCAGCACAGUCAGGUCUACCUCUGCUAGCGUGUCGGCCACACCAUAUCGUUAUACAGGUGCUGGAGUGAUGAUGGGAGAUCAUUUUAUCAGCGGAUCAGGAAGAAAAAAGAGUGAGCAUAGUGGUAGCAGAUUAACACAUGAUCCUUCAGCAGCUGUAACUCAUUUUAGAGUGCAAAUUAGCAGUGUAGCAGCUGUGGUUCUCCAUGAAGAUGUUCUAACAACAUCUGUAGAAAACUCAAAUAUGGUGUCAAAGGCAUCAGUAGCUGAAAUGCAAGCAAAAUCUGAAGACUUUUUUACAAUUCUAGGUGUGCAUGGGUUAUUUGGCUAUAGUUUUAAUGCAUUUCAAGAAGCUAGGAAAAAAUUCAAUGAAGCCUGCCAAAUUAAUCAUCUAAGAUUUAUGGCAGCUCCAUUAACUGUGGAAGGAAAUGAGAAAAGCUCCACAAAUAAGUGGGAAAUGAGUGUAAAUAUGUCUUUAGGGUGUGCUGAAAUACUUGAGUGCCUUGUGGAUUCUUCAGUGUCUCCAGUAAAGAUAGAAUAUUCAGAUUUACUGUUGUUCACAGAAAAGAUUGAGGAACCAACAGAAGCUAUUUACAGUGGAGCCACUGAACCCAAACUUAAAGUAAGCAUUUCUCAGUCUCAAAAUAUGACUCCCACUGGCAGGACCCGGAGGAUCAGCAAACCUAAAUUAGAUAUUAAAGUUAAUCUGGGUGACUGUGUUUCAGAGAUUGACAUGUCUAUUGUAGAUCGUAUUAGUGCUCUAAUUAAUAGGCAAGAAGUGUGUACAAAGGCUGCUGAAGAAAUGUUUUCCCCAGAGCUUCCACCUAGUUAUUUAAACAAUCAAGCUUGCUUUAAGCAAACUCUUGAUGAUGCAACUUUGCAUCCAGAAACACGUGUCAAUAUUAAAGUUUCUUCAACAUCCUUAACUGUCAAACUUAGGUUUCCAAUACCUGAUUUAAGACCUACAUCUAAUAUGGACAGAGUGCCAUGGUGGAAGAGAAAUAUUAGAAAAGAUGUCUUGUCAUUGGUAUUACAAGAUUUUGAGUUUGUUACCAACCUAGAUCCUCACAUGCCUUACAGUAAUUUUGAGAUUCAAAGUGGUGAUAUACAUGCAUAUUUUCAAGAGCGAGAAGAAGAUGCUCCAAUUUCGCUGCUGCAAGCCUGCUCUAGUAAAGGUGCCGAAAGAGGGUUUGAUCUUCCUCGUGUUGUUGUAAUGGUUCAUCCGCUUCAGCCAUGGACGUCUCUGGAAGACGAAGCUCCUAGACAAGAAAGUAUCAUGACCAAAUCUAUGAUGGGAUUUUUAGAAGCAGUAACUGAAACAGAACCAAACCCAUUUAGCCGUAGAAAAGUUGCUACAAAGCAAGCUGGAGAUGAUGAUGUUGGAGAAAUUACUAUUCCUGCUGACAAGGAAGAAGUUCUAGAAUUUAUAGAAAAUAUACUUAAAAAUGUUCAGUUGCAUAUAGAUAUUCAUUUACCUAAUGCACAGUUACUAUUACCCUCAAAACAUAUAUAUGAAGUGGUGUAUAAUAGAUUAGUGUCAGACCUCUUGCUUUGGGAACCCUCGGCACCCAAACCAGCAAGUCAUAGCACUCGCAACCUGGGUGUUGCUCAUGGUGGGCUCGACUUGGCCUCAGUGUUUAUGAAUGAAAGUAUUUACCAAAGCACAACACAGUUUACUAUGUGUACUUCAGCAAAUGCAGCUGGAAGUGAUAGUGAAGAGGAAGGAGAUUCACAGUUCUUUUCAGUGUAUGAGCACAAAGCCAGGCAAAGACUUAAACAGCAGCAGCAGCAGCAGCAUCAGCAGCAGCAACAACAACAGCAUGAACCAAGCAAGAACAAGAAACAAACAACUGUGGCAUUUAAACUCUCAAUGGGUCAUGCUGUGGCCAGUGUACGAACCCCAUACAGAGAUGCCAAGAACAAUGUGCUCCCAGGACAGCAUGGGGAAGUAAUGCUAGUCAUUGAACAAGGAACAAUAUUUGCUACAACUGGUUACCAAGGAAGUCCAGACUUGGGAUACACUUGCAUCUGGGCUGACAAGGGGCAUAUAUAUCACAAAGCGGCCAAUAUUACUCCUGACCGUCCAGUAAUAUUAGAUCCCGAGUCUCCCCUCUCUACCUCUCGGUUAGACGCUAUACUUUACCCUAAUGAUGAUGGUGUUAUAACAAAGUUAGGUGCAGGAAUCAGCAAGAGUGAAGACUGCGAAGAUCAAAUCACCUUGGCAUUAAAAAUGGAUUUUGAUUUGACUCGGAACCUGAAAACUAUUAUUUUAGCUGGUUGCAUGAGAGGAGCUACUCUUCGUCAUUAUAUGUGUACAAGUCCGGAGAGUUGGGUCACACAACUUGGAGAUAUGUUUGAUGUUCAAGAUUAUCCUAUUGCAGGAUAUGUGCUUCCAGAUGUUGUCACAGAAAUGAACUUUCACCUAUGGGGCUGCGCUCUGGAUUAUCGUCCUCUACACCUGCCAUUAAGAGCAAUGUUAACUGUUGAUGCAUGCUCUAUUUCUAGUAAUUUAACAAUUUCCAGUGAUGCAAAUGUUUUACAUUUCAUUAUUGAAGAUGCAGCUCUAUUUUUAUCUGAUAAACUUUCUGUGCGUAACGUGGACUUAAAGAAAAACUACAUUUGUGUGGCUGAUUUAGGGGUCUUUGAGUUGUGUUUAAGAAUGGUGGAAGAUAUGAAAGAAAAGAAACCUAAAAUUGAUUUACUGGCAUCUAAUAAUAUGAUUCACAUUCGGACUUGUGCAGAUUCUUGCAAAGCAUUGCUGGAGCUCAUGAUUUAUCUGGCCAGUGAUGGAGACCUAACAAAAGAAGCAUCAUCGGUGCCUUCAACAGAAGCUGCUGCACCUACCAGCACUUACAAUACUAGUGCAACGUCGUCUCCCAUCAGUGAAUGUGCUACUAUGAAACCUGAAACUCAAGAGACUAUUUUCAACCCACGGAUGAGAGAAAGUGAUUCCCAGCAACUGGAGAUGGUUAGGGGUAUGAUGGACGAUGCCAUGAUUGAGUCGACACCUUCAACAUCUUCCUGUGAUGAAGAUGAUGAUGCUGAUCCGUCUCUGUAUUUGAAGAAAGGAGUUGAAGUGUUUUUCUUCCCAGAUGAUAACAUGAAGCAAACUGCAGUAACAGUGCCAACUGUUCAAAAAGAUACAUCAAAGAAAGACGAGGCAGCUAGUGAAACUGAAUUGACAGACACUGAAUAUGCCUUGAAAGAAGCACAGAAAGAACAACUGGAUAAUCCAUUUGAGGAAUAUAGCUCUGGUACUGAUGAAGAGUUUUGUAUUCUUGAUGACGCACCUGGCACAGGAAUAAAGUCUCCAUCUGGUGAACCUCAGGUGCGUAUCUUGACUCAGGAUCCUGUUAUCAUUAUUGACAACCACUUCACUGUUCCUCUUGGUAAAGUUGAUCAACUCAGGGCUCCUAAACACUUCCCUGCUGCAUCAAUGAAGUAUACUCUUCAAGAGUUAACAGUCGUGUGGCACAUGUAUGGUGGUUCUGAUUUUAAGAAACCAUCACAAGGUACACUUCUGCAGACGCGUCGUGUUACUAUCAGUGAUUCAAAUGGCAAUCCAGACUCUGUUUGUGGAAAUUAUCCAUCCAAAACAUCUUUACCUCAGAAGACUUAUAUAGCAACAGAACCCUCUGUAACAGUAAGAGCUAGUGAGGUUCAUUUUUCAAAUAGGCACGUAUCUCCUACAACUUUCAAGAAAUCUCCACCCCAUAGUCCGCACCAACAGUCUCGAAUGGUGUGGCAAGCAGUUGGAGGCCCAGGUCGGAAACAUGACACUCUUCUUGAAUUACAGUUGAGUAAGGUUCGUUUUCAGCACGAGAUUUAUCCUGAAACUGCUCAACAAGCAUCCCGCAAUGUUCUUCUCAUUUAUGAUGUAGAAAUAAAAGAUAAGCUUGCUUCUUCCAAGAUAAAUAAGUUCUUGUAUCAGUUUUCAUCAGAGACAUGUCCACGUCAAGCUCAUGCAAAUAUGGUUCAGGUGAAGGCUCUUACCACAAGACCUGAUGGACGGCAUGGACCUCAAGAAACUAGUCUCAAGAUCUCUUUGCAACCCAUUAGACUUCAUGUAGAUCAAGAUGCACUUCUUUUUUUAUUUCAGUUCUUUGAGGAGCUUCUUGCAUCUGACAAGGAGGGAGAAAGUGGAGAGGAAGAACGACCGCAAUCAUCUACUUUGGUGCAAGCUCCGAUAAUGACUGUAAAUAUUAAUCAGGCUGCUCAACUUAGUGUUACAGAUAAUCAACAACUCCUUGUUAACUUAGAAGAAAAAUCACCCGUAUCUGAUACAGAGGAAAAAAGUAGCAAGGCUGAUGAAAAUUCUCCAACGUACUUUAAAUCAUUUGUGUUCUCUCCUGAUGUGCCUAUAAAGAUUGAUUACCAUGGCAAGCAUGUAGAUAUUCAUUCUCAGUAUGGUUAUUUUAUAGGACUUAUAAUUGGAUUAGGACAACUUAAUCAGUCUGAAUUGACUUUAAAGAGUAUUGUUCAUAAAUCAGGUCUCCUGGGAAUGGACAAAUUGAUUCAGUACGUUACUAACGAAUGGGUGAAUGACAUUCGACGUAAUCAACUCCCAUCUGUUUUAGGGGGUGUUGGGCCAAUGCAUUCUGUUGGCAAAUUGGUUGGUGGUGUUAGAGACUUAUUCUUAUUGCCAAUUGAGCAGUAUCAGAAAGAUGGUAGACUAUUUCGUGGUAUUCAGCGUGGAACAUCAGCCUUUACGACUUCAUCAGCACAUGCUGCUCUUGAUUUAACAGGACGAUUUGUUGGAUUCAUUCAGUCAACUGCAGAGACAAUGUAUGACAUGGUAUCUUCUGGUCCCAGUGUUCAUCAUAGAUAUAGAUUACGUAGUGGUCACCCACAGGAUAUCCGUGAGGGAGUUACUACCGCAUAUGGAGUUGUUAGAGAUGGUAUUGGAGAGACAGCUUCAGCAAUUGUGCAAGCGGCUACACAGGAACAUCAACACAAAGGUGUAUCAGGAGCCAUCGGAGGAGUCCUUCGACAAAUACCACCCACUGUUAUGCAGCCAAUAAUCUUAGCAUCAGAAGCUGCUGGUACUGUGAUAGGAGGAAUGAAAAACCAGUUAGUGCCUGAUGCUCGUAAAGAAGCGGCUGACAAGUGGAAAGCAUAAGUGAAUAUAGUAAAAAUAAAUAUGAAGUGAUGGAUGUUCAUCUCCAACGCCCUUCACAUCAUUGGCAUUAACAGAAUAGGGUUUUAUCUAAUUGUACUGUAUUGUUAUUUCUGUGACUGCUGCACUGUGCCAGUUUGUAGUUUAUUAGUUUAUUUCUGCAAGACUUGCAAAUGGACAUUAUGGAAACAUGUAUUUUCAGGAUUCUUCUAAGUCGGAAACAUGCAGAUUGUGCCUCACUUUGUUACUGUAAAGUUGAUGUUUAUUUUAAUUUUAUGUUUGUGAUAAUGAGUAGUCUAUGUACCAAUGAGUGUUUUUUUAAGCAUAGUUUAGUUAAUUAAAAGUAAAUUGAUGACUGUUUUAUAUGCGUUUAUGAUUGUUGCACAUGUAUGAGUAUUGAUACUAUGGUCUCAACUUUUAUUUAUUUAUUAAUUACCAAGCCUGGUUAAAGUGCUAUAUAUAUAUACAGUAUAUAUAAUAUACAAUAUAUAUACACAAUAUAUAUAUAUAUAUAUAUAUAUAAUAUGGUACAUGUACAAUUUUUUAAUUUUAUGGCUUAAAUUUGAGCAUUCGGUAUUAGUUUUACCCCUACAAAAUUACUAUGUACUGUAUGUACAAAGAAUGCACAAGAUUACAUAAUCUGUUGCAAGACAAAAUGUAAUAUUCAGUACUAGAGGAAGUUAAGAAAUUGUAACAUCUUGCUGAAGAGGAGUGUUAAUCAAGAUUAAUGAGCUGCUGAUAAGAUUCUGCUAAUAUUUUACAAGACACAUUUGAAGUUUCUCCUGAAUUCGGGAAUGAGAAACUGCCUCUUCUAUUAUUGCAACAA